UUUAGCAAAACCCCAGUAAAUUCUCCUGAAAUGCUGAAAUAGUCAGAAAAAUAUGGGAUUGAGCUGAUGCACCCCUAAAAAUUAAAUAUUUUAUGACAUUUACUUUAAUUAUUUUAUUUCCAACAAUUUUAGCCUUUCUUUUUUAUUGUUUGUUUUCAAAUAUUUUUAAAAUGAAUCUUCCAACAAUUUUAGUUUUUCUAAUGGCCACAGCUCUAUAUCUUUUAGGAUUAGUUAUUCUUAUGAACGUUAACAUCUCAACGCCAAUUCUUCCCGAUGGUAUGUCGGAACGGAAGGAGUCCCUGAAUAUUCAUUUCCACGAUUACGACGAUAAAUUUGCACGCGAAAUAGAUGGUCCAAAUAAAAUGGAUUAUAAAGCUAAAGAAGGUAUUAGUAACGGGGUCGUCGAUUAUAAUAAGCGGCCUGUCGAAAUGAAUAACGGGAUAUAUUCUAGGGAUUACCAACGUUUCGCGUCUACCAAACAACAAAAUUUACCGAACAUUAAAGAAUUAAAUAUUGCUGAUCACGUUAAAACGUUGGAAGAAAGGAUCAAAAUUUUAGAAAAAAGUCUCAAAAGUUUUCCCGAUGUACCGACCUUAAAUUACAAAGAAAGAAAACGGAUAUUAAUUGUAGGUGGCGCCGGAUUUGUCGGAUCUCAUUUAGUGGAUAGAUUAAUGAUGAGCGGUCACGAGAUAACGGUUGCCGACAAUUUUUUUACGGGUCGAAAACGGAAUAUAGAGCACUGGAUUGGUCACCCUAACUUUAACCUCAUAACUCACGAUAUCGUUAACCCAUUAUAUAUCGAGGUGGACGAGAUAUACCAUUUAGCCUCUCCCGCAUCUCCGCCACAUUACAUGUACAACCCGGUCAAAACGGUAAAAACGAACACAUUAGGAACUAUCAAUUUAUUAGGCCUUGCCAAAAGAAUCAAAGCUCGACUCCUGCUGGCUUCGACAAGUGAAGUCUACGGAGACCCAUCCCAACAUCCCCAGUCCGAGACCUACCGGGGCAAUGUGAACCCCAUAGGUCCUCGAUCUUGUUACGAUGAAGGCAAACGGGUCGCCGAAACUCUGUGCUAUGCUUACGCCAAACAAGACAAUGUCGAUGUUCGCGUAGCUCGAAUAUUUAACACGUACGGACCAAGAAUGCAUAUGAACGAUGGGAGAGUUGUCAGUAAUAUAAUAUUGCAAGUCCUCCAAAACGAAUCAAUAACGAUAUAUGGCAAAGGUGAUCAAACAAGGUCUUUUCAAUACGUUUCGGAUCUGGUCGACGGGCUGAUAUCCCUCAUGAACAGUAACUAUUCUCAACCCGUUAAUUUAGGGAACCCCCACGAAAUUACGAUAUUAGAAUUCGCUAAAUUCGUAAAAGAUUUCAUACCAAAGUCUAGCAGCGCAAUAAUAUAUAAACCCGGUUUACAAGAUGAUCCUCAAAGGAGGUGCCCUGAUAUCGCUAGAGCUAAAAGCAUUUUAAAAUGGAUGCCUCAAGUCUCAUUAAAGGAGGGCAUCCUUAUGACUAUUCAUUACUUCGCCAAAGAACUCAGACUCAACGGGUUUUCCAGCCACGAGGAAACAUCCGAAGGGCACAUAAUAGACUACGAUGAUUAUAUAAACAAUAACCAUACCGAAUUUAGGAAUAAUAAAUUAUAAAUAAUUUUAUAUUUACUAUUUUUUUAAAAAAUUAAGUCAUUUAGAUGUUUUAUUAAUUAUUUAAUGAAUCCCUCAGUUUUCUGCUUAAAUUAAUAAUAAUGAAUACUUGUAAAUUUUGAUAGGUGCUUUAUCUCAUCCUAUUACAUAUUUUUCUCUUUUCUUUUUAAAUCGUGAUUUUUUAUUUUAUUUUUCUUCUAAAUCAUACAUUUUAUAUAUUAUGAUAUCGAAAAGAAGAAGAAAUAUGUACAUUAUUAAAAUUCAAAUAUUUAUAUAUACCCCCUCCCCCCUCCAAUUAAUGUCCCACAAAUUUUUUAAUAUUAUAUUUGGGAGACUAAUUUCAUUCCUAUUUAACGAUCUCUUAAUAUUGAUGAAGAAUUAUUAUAUUAAUUUAUUGAUGGUUGCAUUAUUUCAUUUCAUUCUUUGUUACCUUUUUUUAUGCCCUUCUCCCUUUAAAUGUCACCCUGAAUUCACAGUUAGCGCGAAUUCGCGGUGAAGUAUAAAUAUGAUAUAAAUGUGGCAUAGCAUUAAUUUUUGUAUACUAUUCCACGAAUUCACACUAACUGUUAAUGCAGGGUUAAUUAUUUAAUUCUCAUAGACAUGUUGGAGAUGAUAUUCAAAUAAAUUAUGGCAUUAAACCUGAUUUUUGAAUGGAAUUCUCAUAGAUGCUAAAAAAAAAUUUUUAAAUAUUCACACUGUAAUUAUUAUUUCUAAUUAUAAUUAAUAUAAAUUAUAAAGACAAUAGACGAAUCAUUGCAAUUUUGUAUCUUAUACUGCCCUGCCCCUAUUUAUUAAAUU